AUGAAAGUCCCUGGAAUGCCCACUGCGAUCAAGAACUUUAUUUUACGGUACUGGUGCUUAGGUCGAUUGACUCAUCUCAUGGGGUACUUGAAGGAUGGACCGUACAUCAGUGCGAAAGAGGCCAUUGCAAUUUACACAGCAACUGUUCACGGGCUUGAGAGCCGCAAAUUUGGUUCUAUACCAUUCCCCCCUCUGUCGUACAAGCACGAUACGAAAUUGCUUGUACUUGCACUUGAAAAACUGAAGGAGGCUUACUCAGUCAAGGGUCGUCUUAAUCAGUCGCAGCGUGAGGAGCUUGCCCUCAUUGAACAGGCGUAUGACAAUCCACACAAAUGUCUGUUGCGCAUCAAGCGAUUGCUUCUUACCCAGCGUGCGUUCAAGGAGGCUGGUAUUGAGUUCUUUGACACGUACGACAAACUCAUUCCGUGCUACGACAUUGAGCCCGUUGAGAAGAUCACCGACGCCUAUCUCGAUCAAUUCCUCUUCUUCGAGGCAGAUAAAAGAGGGUUGUUCCCUGCCUGGAUCAAACCUGCCGACACGGAGCCACCGCCGUUGCUUGUGUACAAGUGGUGCCAAGGCAUCAACAACUUGACAGAUAUCUGGGAGACGAGCGAGGGCGAGUGCAACGUGAUGAUGGAGACCGUCUUCUCCAAGGUGUAUGAGAAGAUCGACCUGACCCUGCUGAACCAUCUCCUCCAUCUCAUUCUUGAUCACAACUUGGCAGACUACAUCACCGCGAAGAACAACACCGUGCUGACCUACAAGGACAUGGCACAUACGAAUGCAUUCGGUCUCAUCCGUGGUCUUCAGUUCUCUGCCUUCGUCUUCCAGUACUACGGUCUCGUCCUUGAUCUCCUCAUUCUUGGCUUGCAGCGAGCUAGCGAGAUGGCGGGUCCUCCACAGAUGCCUAACAACCUUUUGCAGUAUCGCGACUCGGCAACCGAGACUCGUCACCCCAUCCACUUAUACUCCCGUUAUGUUGAUCGCUUACACAUUCUCUUCCGCUUCAGCGCGGAUGAGGCAAGGGACUUGAUCCAACGCUAUCUUAGCGCCAACCCUGACCCGACCAACAACAACGUCAUCGGGUAUAACAACAAACGCUGCUGGCCUCGAGAUUGUCGUAUGCGUCUCAUCAAACAUGACAUUAACCUUGGAAGAGCAGUUUUCUGGAACGUUAAGAACAGCCUGCCGCGCUCACUCACCACCAUCGAGUGGGAGGCCACCUUUGUCAGCGUUUACUCGAAGGACAACCCACAGUUGUUGUUCUCGAUGUGCGGGUUCGAGGUCCGUAUCUUGCCCAAGAUUAGGACGAUGGGUGGCGAGCAGUUCUCGUCGAAGGACGCUGUGUGGAAUCUCACCAACGAGCAGACCAAAGAGAGAACUGCGCAGGCGUUCCUCCGUGUCUCUGAUGACGGUGUCCAGCAAUUCAAUAACCGUAUUCGUCAGGUCCUUAUGAGCUCCGGUUCCACCACUUUCUCGAAGAUCGUCAACAAGUGGAACACUGCGUUGAUCGGUUUGAUGACCUACUACCGUGAGGCUGUCAUCCACACAAACGAGCUUUUGGGCUCUCUUGUCAAGGCAGAGAACAAGAUUCAAACUCGUGUCAAGAUCGGCUUAAACAGUAAGAUGCCAUCCCGUUUCCCUCCUGUUGUCUUCUACACACCGAAGGAGCUUGGUGGUCUUGGAAUGCUUUCGAUGGGUCACGUUCUUAUCCCGCAGAGUGACUUGCGAUGGUCCAAGCAAACUGACAUGACGCAUUUCCGUGCUGGUAUGACCCACGAGGAGGACCAGUUGAUUCUGAACUUGUACAGAUAUCUUCAGCCAUGGGAGGCAGAAUUCUUGGAUUCGGCUCGUGUUUGGUCCGAAUACUCCAUGAAGCGGAAGGAGGCCAAUGCCCAGAAUCGGCGCCUCACCCUUGAAGAUCUUGAAGAUAGCUGGGACCGCGGUAUUCCUCAUAUCAACACCCUCUUCCAAAAGGAUCGCCAUACAUUGGCAUAUGACCGAGGAACUUAUUUCCCUACCUGGGAGGGUCUCUUCUGGGAGAAAGCGUCUGGAUUCGAAGAGUCUAUGCGAUACAAGAAACUUACCAACGCCCAGAGGUCAGGUCUUAACCAGAUCCCUAACCGUCGAUUCACGCUUUGGUGGAGUCCGACCAUCAACCACGCCAACGUCUAUGUCGGUUUCCAGAUUCCCACCCUCAAGAUCUCGCUGAUUCAGAUCUUCCGUGCGCACUUGUGGCAGAAGAUUCACGAAAGUGUAGUCAUGGACUUGUGUCAGGUCUUUGAUCAGGAGCUAGAGCCUCUCCAGAUCGAGACAGUACAGAAGGAGACUAUUCACCCUCGUAAGAGUUACAAGAUGAAUUCAUCUUGCGCCGAUAUCUUGAUGUUCUCAGCCUACAAAUGGAAUAUCUCUCGGCCUUCAUUGGUCACAGAUGUUGCAACAAGUAUUGGAUUGACGCUUCAGCUUCGGUGGGGUGACUUCGACACCCAUGAUAUCGAGCGGUGUACUCAUGCCAAGUUCUUGGACUACGUGUCCGACUCCAUGAGUAUCUACCCCUCACCAACUGGUGUUAUGAUCAGCAUGGAUCUAGCCUAUAACCUGUGGUCUGCGUACGGCAACUGGUUCCCCGGUAUGAAGCCUCUGAUUCAGCAAGCCAUGGCCAAGAUCAUGAAGGCCAAUCCGGCAUGCCACGGUCUCCAGUUGUACUCUUCUGAGCCCACGGAGCCUUAUCUCAACAGCCAGAACUAUUCGAAUUAUUUUCGAACCAGAUCAUUUGGUUCGUCGACGGACACUAAUGUGUAUCGUGUCACUAUCCACAAGACGUUCGAAGGUAACUUGACGACUAAACCGAUUAACGGCGCCAUCUUUAUCUUCAACCCACGUUCUGGACAGUUGUUCCUGAAGAUCAUCCACACCAGUUGGAAGACUGCCGAAGAAGUGGCUGCAUUGGUUCGUUCACUGCCUGUUGAAGAACAGCCGAAGCAGGUCAUCGUCACUCACAAGGGCAUGUUGGACCCUCUCGAGGUUCAUUUACUUGAUUUCCCGAACAUCGUUAUCAAGGGAAGUGAGUUACAACUGCCCUUCCAGGCUUGCAUGAAGAUGGAGAAGUUCGGUUCCUACUUGUACGACGACUGGCUCAAGUUGGUGUCCAGCUACACUGCCUUCUCUCGUCUUAUCCUCCUCCUUUGUGGCUUGCACGUCAACAACGAGAAGGCGAAGAUUAUUUUGCACCCGGACAAGUCGACCAUUACAGAGCCUCACUUCGUCUGGCCCACUCUUACAGAUGAUGAAUGGAUCAAGGUUGAGGUCGCAAUGAAGGAUCUUAUACUGGCAGAUUUCGGCAAGCGGAACAGCGUCAACAUCGCGUCCUUGACUGCGAGUGAAAUUCGUGACAUCAUUCUUGGUCAAGAGAUUGCCGCUCCCUCCAUACAGCGCCAGCAGAUGGCUGAGCUUGAAAAGAGUAAUGAGGCGCAGGGUGUUACCGCUGUGCAAACUCAGACCACCAACGUUCACGGUGAAACGAUUCAGACCGUGUUUAGCAGCAAAUCUGAUUGGCGUGUCCGUGCCAUCUCUGCUACGCAUCUUCCUCUCCAUCUCCAACAUAUCUAUGUCUCCAAUGAUGAUAUCAAGGACGACACUGCUUCAUACACCCAUGUAUUGCCGAAGAACAUCCUGCGGGCAUUCAUCACUGCAGCAGAUCUUCGCACUCAGGUUGCGGCCUUCCUGUACAGUGUAUCACCAAGCAGUAACAAUAGCGUUGAGCUGCCCAACCAGUUGCCGAGGGACGACUUCCUUCUCAAAGAUCUCAGACCUCCUGGGUGGGUCAAGACGCAAGCGCUUGAACUCAGUCAUCUUUCUCCCACAGACAUCACCAUUCAAGCCAAGCUGAUGUCUGGAUCCAAGAUGCCAACGCAAUAUGUAACGUUUUUUGGCGCUGCCUUGUUGUUUCCACGCGGCCGCAAAUAA